AUGGAAAUCGUACGAUGGACAAACGCCGAGAUAUCAUUGAAAAGACGGGAUGCUAUGACAGGUGCUACAUUUCGUGAUACAGAUGAGGAUGAAAUUCGCGCUUUGUUCGGUCUUUUGAAAAGGAAACAUGGCGUUCGUCAUGAAAAAGACUACAGACGGAACCAGAUAAAGAAAUGUAAAGUAACUGGAGAAAGUCACAGAAAUUGGAAAGAGCGAUAUGUUCCUGGAAGAAACGAUCCGGAUUUUAUUGCCCUUAAUUGUUGCGGUAAAAACUGUCUGAAUAAAAUUGAUACCAAAGAAGAGCUUGAUGAUGAUCUAAUUUCGUUUUACUCAAUGGGUUCAAAGAACGAGCAGGACAAACAUCUUCAGAAACUGAUAGAGCUAAAAAGUGUGGAAAGGAAAAGAGGUAGAGAGUCCACUUUGAUAACCACCAGAAAGCCAAAAUUAAAAACUGUUCAGUACUAUUUGCUCCUAAACCGUAAGCGAAUUAAAGUAUGCAAGAAAGCAUUUAUAAAUGCUCAUAAUGUCACCCCAAAAAGGAUUUGCCGCAUUGCCAAUUUAUUGGAGAAAGGUGAAAUUCCACAAGAUAAACGUGGCAAGCAUCCUUGUGCAACUGCAAUCUCUGCUGAAGUGUGUGAAAAAAUACAUAAGCACAUUGCUUCGUUUGCCGCUAAAGCAUCACACUACACAUCAGAUACAAGAUAUAAUUCAUCAGCUGACCUGUCAGUUAGAGAAAUGCAUAGGCUCUUUACACAGAAAUAUCCUGAGAUGGACGUAAAAUAUCAGUUUUACUGGCAAUACUUCAGAGCAAACUUCAGCCUGUCUUUUGGUAGACCUGUUGUAGAAGCCUGCUCUCAAUGUGAAUCGCUGAAAGCCAAAUAA